AUGUUAAAUUCUUUACGGCUCAAGAACUGGGUAAACUGGCCCGUUGUUAGGGCACAUGCAUGUACAAUAGCUGUGGCAGUAUCCUUUAACAGCACGUGGCGUGUACCAAGGGAUGGAUUCCGUUAUGGAGGUCUCACUUAUGGAAUUGUAUUUACUUUCGUCAUGAUUUUCCUGGCCCUACCUGUCGCUUUACUGCAGUUAUCUGUGGGUCAGUUGAGUCAGCAAGAUGCUGUGGGGAUUUGGAAAGCUGUUCCAUUCUUUAAGGGUGUUGGCUACAUCAGGCUACUUAUUUCAUUCAUUGGCUCUGUGUACACUGUGAUUCAUAUGGCCCUACUAAUUACGUACUUUUUUUAUACACUCAGCAACUCAAUACCGUUUUUGGAAUGCAUCGAUGAUUUUCUACCUGAGGACGUUGAUGAGAAUAUUACUGCAUCGGCAUGUCUUAAUAACACAUUCUUAGCGCCUGUGAACGAGCAACCUGAAUACUACACGGCGAUGUCGUCAGUUAUAAUAGCGCUUUGGAUCGCGUUUCCCUUUCUGCUUUUUAAUCCAGUAAAAAUGAUGAAACGCAGCUUUUACGGACUUACGCCUUUGGUUAUUCUGCUAUGGAUAAUAAUUGUAUCAAUAAUAGGAGAUGGAAGCAAUUUUCAUUAUUUCCAACAAACAGAGGACUGGCAAUCGUUUAUGAGUGCUGAUAUUUGGUAUGCUGCGAUCACACAAGCCCUACUCUCAUCACAGAUUGCGGGAGGGUACCUCAUAUCUGCUGGAGAUGGUAUAUACUCUAGUACUAAUGUGCAGUGGUCGGCGAUGGCGAUAGUAGGUGCUAACUUACUAGCGGGCUGGGUCGGAUUACUGUUCUGGUUCGCAAUAGGUAGCGACGACAAGGACAAUAGUCCCGUCGCCGUUCUUCUGCAGAUAUACGAAAUCGCCAACAGUAAUGAACUUAGAAAUGUGUGGCCGCUAUUAAUGUUUGCUACUUUAUUUUUAUCAGGCGUUAUCACAAUGUUAACACAACUGUACCCACUGUUCGAUCAUUUUCGUCGAAUUGGCGGUUACAAGUGGAGAUUCGUCUGCGUCGCUAAUUCGUUGUUGGGCACUGCAGCUGCACUGGCUACUCUAGUAGGUGGAAUGCCCGCUUUGCAGCUUUUAGAAGACAUAACUGUACCUUUGCUAAUUAGUAUGGCAACUAUAAUUGAAAUUCUAGCCUUUGUUUUUAUUUAUGGUUGGAAAGCCUUAGUUGAAGACGUAGAGUUCCUAACUGGCGCUAAACUGGGAACAUAUUGGGUAUGGGGUUGGUGUGCCGCGCCAGGCAUCAUAACUCCUUUCCUAUUGUGGUGGCUGGUCGUUUCUCUUAUGGAAUUGAAUUUCACGGAACCACCAUGGGAAGCCAGUGGGAUAUUCUCGGCGAUGGCUCUAGUGAUACUCAUUGUACUAAUAUUCGCGGUAGUGUCCAUAGCCAAACAGGUGCAGUACGAUUUUGUAUCGAAAGUGAAGUCAUCAUUCCAACCAUCACGACAUUGGGGCCCGCGAGAUCCCAUAACUCAUUACUACUGGAUGGCGCGUCGCGAAGAGGUGGAGACGGGUCCUGGUGUCCGAAUGAGAUACCACAGGCGCCAGUUAGGCCAGUUUUCAGGCUGCGCUAGUGUUGUGACCGCGUCAGAUGUUGGCGAGAUUAGGGACAAGGAUACAAAUAUCGAUAUCAAAAGACGAUCUAACUCCGACGAUUGGAUAUACACAGUGUACAGGCGAAAGUAUUUAGAAGGAACACUUAAAGACUUUUUGGAGUUAAGCAAAAAGCGUACUAAGUCAUUGGACUGGGCGUUCUCUAAGAAAGGGGAGGUCGAACAGAAGCAUUUGGAUAGCAAUAAUUAUUUUGCACUCGUUGAAUCACUAUAUUCUGUUAGAGAGAAUAAGAACAAUGUUGUUUAUGUUAAGAAUAUAUUAAAAUAA